AUGGUUUCUCCUCUUGCACUCAUCUUCAUGACCCAGUGGCUGCUGCUGAUCGCCCAGUUGUGUGUUGGCUGGCACUGCACAGACUGUGAACUCACUGUUAGAAAUUUGAUGCUGAAUCAGUGGAAAAUGGAACUGAGUUGGAUGAGCAGCAUGAAUUUCACUGAGGACUGAUGUUCAGUGACUGCAGGAGAUUUUACUGAGACUAUAAUGGCAGGGAAUAUGAAGUGCAUGUUUGGAAACACAGCACCUCCUCUGCACAAUGGGGCAAGCUUUUCUGUUACAGUAGUGAACAUGAAUGGCACAUACUCAAGCAUAAAUACUCCUGUGUUUGCAGGCAUGAAUGGGUCAGCCAUUGAAAACUUCUCCUGUGUGAUUUAUAACAUUUCCCUCAUGAACUGCACUUGGCAAGCAGGCAGAGAUGCUCCAAGAGAUACCCAGUAUUUUCUCUACUGGCAGAACUCGAGAUAUGACAAUAUGAUGGAAUGUGAGUUUUACAUUAAAGAUGAAAAUGGCAGAAACAUGGGAUGUAGAUUCCAAAAUGUGAGGAUAGAGGCUGAAAAAGCUUACUUCCUGGUCAACGGGUCUAGCAGAGACUCCCUGAUCCAGUUCUAUGAGGAAUACAUUCAACUGUAUAAAAUUGAAAAGCUCAUGCCCCCUUCAAAUAUCACUGUUAACUGUGAUGAAAUUAAAAGUGAUUGCAUAAUUCAAUGGCAACGACCCCAAAUAAGUCAUUCUAAUAAAGACAAAUGUUUUAAAUAUGAAAUCGACAUAAAGUAUGAG